CGUUGCAUCGACCGAAGAAAAAAUCGAUGUUGACAUCGAUUUCUCCCAGCUAUACCGUAUUGUCGGACGUCGGGGCAGCUUAUAUUAGCCUACUAGCACCGACCCGUAGCAGUUACCCACCCUUAACAUCCUAGAACCCAACCAACCAAUACAUCCAAGAUGGGUCAGAGAGUCUCGCGCAGCGAUUUUGAGUGGGUGUACACAGAGGAGCCGCACGCCUCGCGGCGCACGCUUAUACUGGCGAAGUACCCGCAGAUCAAGAAGCUCUUUGGCCACGAUCCCAACUUCAAGUGGGUGGCUGGCGCGAUGGUGCUUACCCAAGUCCUGUCAUUGUUCGUAGUCAAGGACCUGUCGUGGUCGUGGCUCCUCGUGGCCGCCUACUGCUUCGGUGGCAUUAUCAACCACUCGCUGAUGCUGGCCGUCCACGAAAUAUCUCAUAAUUUGGCCUUCGGACACAGCCGACCCAUCCUGAAUAGGAUUUUGGGCUUCAUCUGUAACUUGCCCAUCGGCUUGCCCAUGAGCAUUUCGUUUAAAAAGUAUCAUCUGGAACAUCACCGUUACCAAGGCGAGGAGGCAAUUGACACUGACAUACCCACACUGCUAGAGGCCCGUCUUUUUGACACCACGUUUGGAAAGUUUUUGUGGGUGUGCCUUCAGCCUUUCUUCUACAUUUUCCGACCACUGGUGAUUAACCCGAAGCCACCUACGCGCCUGGAAUUUAUCAACACUGUGGUGCAGCUGACUUUCAACGCUUUUAUCGUUUACUUUCUUGGAUGGAAGCCAAUGGCUUAUCUGCUGAUCGGUAGUAUUCUCGCGAUGGGCUUGCACCCGGUGGCCGGACACUUUAUUUCGGAACAUUAUAUGUUUUCUAAAGGAUUUGAAACGUAUUCUUACUACGGCCCGCUCAACUGGAUUACCUUCAAUGUGGGCUAUCAUAAUGAGCAUCACGACUUCCCGUCGGUGCCCGGCUCCAGGCUGCCCGAGGUUAAGCGCAUCGCCAAGGAAUUUUACGACACAAUGCCCCAGCACACCAGCUGGACCCGGGUACUUUACGACUUCAUCAUGGACCCAGCAGUGGGACCAUAUGCCCGCGUGAAGCGCCGCCAGCGGGGCCUGGCCUCCUAAGAAUUCGAUGCUAUUCAAGGUUUCCUGCCGUGGAUGUAACCUCAGCGUUAGACCUUAAGCGGCUUAUUAUGUAUAUAUACAUCGUUAAGACGUUUACUGCAGUUGCAAAAAAAAGCACCUACGAAAUACACAGCACCUGCUAAUCAGCAAUGAUUAGAUAAUAAGCUUACAGUGCAUAUAUCGAAAGAUUAAAUGCAUAACAUUUUUGGUAUUAAUGCUAGAUUGAGAGCUUAGUUUGGCUUAACUAAGAAGAAGAACUUUCAAGCACUUUAAUUAACUUGUAACUCAUAGUGUUUCGAUACAUAUUUAUGUUACUUUUAAAUCAUAAUUGUAAAGCCACUAAGCAGUGUGAUUUGUCUCUCAUUGUAACCCUAACGACAGUAAACUACUAAUCAACUAACCAAUCAGUUACUAUUUUUGAUAGCCUCUUGAAACUGUUACGUAAGAAUAAUGUUUAGAAAAUUGGCCAGGGGUGGCUGCAUGUACAGAAUACGUUGAAACUUAUGAGCAAAAUAAAACAAAUGGGGAAAAAUCUU